CACACACACACACACACACACGGAACAGCAGUGACGGAGAGCAUGUCUUAACGCAGAGGAUCCAGACUCUUCCAGACUCACUCACCCGCUGAAGGUAAAGACAUCAUGUCCACCGCACUCAAACAAGUGUUUAACAAAGACAAGACGUUCCGGCCCAAGCGUAAGUUCGAGCCGGGCACGCAGCGCUUCGAUCUGCACAAGCGGGCGCAGGCGUCUCUGAGCUCGGGGCUGGAUCUGAGAGCGGCGGUGAAGCUGCCUCAGGGCGAGGAUCUGAACGACUGGGUGGCCGUGCACGUGGUGGACUUCUUCAACCGCAUCAACCUCAUCUACGGCACGGUGUGCGAGUUCUGCACGGAUAAGAGCUGUCCGGUGAUGUCCGGCGGCCCGCGCUACGAGUACCGAUGGCAGGACGAGCACAAGUACAAGAAGCCCACGCCGCUGCCGGCACCGCAGUACAUGAACCUGCUGAUGGACUGGAUAGAGAUGCAGAUCAAUAACGAGGACAUCUUCCCCACCAGCAUCGGAAUUCCCUUCCCAAAGAACUUCAUCCAGAUCUGUAAGAAGAUCCUGUGCCGUCUUUUCCGUGUGUUCGUGCACGUCUACAUCCAUCACUUCGACCGGAUCCUCCUGAUGGGAGCCGAAGCGCACGUCAACACCUGCUACAAGCACUUCUACUACUUCUCCACCGAACUCAACCUGAUAGAGCGCAAAGAACUGGAGCCGCUGAAAGAAAUGACCUCUAGAAUGUGUUUGUGAGCACCGGCGUCUGGACCGUUUCCAAACACUCACACCUGAGAGGCUUUUCUCAGGAGCUUUAAUCCGUGAACUGGACGUUGCCGUGGAGAUGAGGUCCCAGAGCCUGGUGACAUCAUCACUGAACCACACUGAACUGUAAGGAUGAGGCUGAGAGACUGACAGUGAGCGCCAUCUAGCGGCGAGGCGUGUUACUCACACUGAGCUAACAGAGCAAUCAGAGGACUAAUGUUUCAUUCAGCCAUCUGCUCAAAUCCACACCAAGACGUGGACACCUUCAUUUAACGUUCAGCUCUGUGAGGUUUGGAUGAGCUGCUUUCAUUCAUCUCCAUGUUGCUUUAUUUCUGUUUGUGCUGCUCUGAAAUGAAGGGUUAGUUUUAGUCACUGGAUCAUUUGAUGAUAAAUCUGAUGCUCAGUUCAGCCACGGACAGUAAUUCUGUGAACUGGUCGUCAGUAUUCAUUGGCCAACCACAGUCUGACAGUGUGUUCAUCUUAGUUUGAGGAGAAGUGAAACGGUCACACAGUGUCUGUCGGAUCUGCACUGAUUCUGUUCAAAUCUCUCAUUUGCAAUAAAACCACUAAUAUCAUUUGUUUAAUUGGUGUUGUGUGAGUUCCACUUUUAAGCUCUCGUCCAACUUUUUUUUGUUUGAAACGUGACCCUGUAAAUUUCAUAAUGCAAUAAA